AUGUCUGAUAGUGGAUUAACAGGAACAGGAACAGGUGGUGAUGUGUUCAAAGUCGAUUUAAACCAACAAUUCGAAGGAGCAGAUAUGGUAUGGAUAGGUGUAUCCUCCGUCUUAGUUUGGCUCAUGAUACCCGGGGUCGGUUUACUUUAUUCCGGUAUUGCCCGUAAGAAACAUGCUUUAUCUUUAUUAUGGGCCUCCCUUAUGGCAGCAUGUGUCACAGGGAUCCAAUGGUUCUUUUGGGGUUAUUCUUUAUCAUUUGCUCAUGAUGGUUCUAGUUUUAUUGGUACUUUACAAAAUAUUGGUCUUAAAGAUGUAUUAGGUGCUCCAAGUGUUGUUUCCACCCUUCCAGAUAUUUUAUUAUGUCUCUAUCAAGGAAUGUUCGCUGCCGUGACUGGGAUUUUGAUGGUUGGUGCCGGUUGUGAGAGAGCUCGUUUAUUCCCCAUGAUGAUUUUCUUAUUCCUUUGGUUAACUGUUGUUUAUUGUCCAAUUGCUUAUUGGACUUGGAAUCCAAAAGGCUGGUUAGCAACUUUAGGUGCACUUGAUUAUGCUGGUGGUGGACCAGUUCAUGAAAAUUCUGGGUUUGCUGCAUUAGCUUAUUCAUUCUGGUUAGGGAAAAGAAAAGAUCCAUUAACUAAAAGUAAAGUACCAAAAUAUAAACCCCAUUCAGUUACUUCAAUUGUAUUUGGUACUGCAUUCCUUUGGUUUGGUUGGUUUGGAUUCAAUGGUGGGUCCACUGGUAAUGCAUCUAUCCGUUCUUGGUAUGCUUGUGUCAACACCAAUGUUGCUGCUGCAACUGGUGGAUUAACUUGGAUGUUUAUUGAUUAUUUCAGAUCUGGAGGGAAAUGGUCAAUGGUUGGAGCUUGUUGUGGUGCCUUAAGUGGUCUUAUUGCAAUUACUCCCGGUGCUGGUUUCACUCAUGUUGCUUUCAGUUUAGUCUAUGGUGUUGUCGGUGCUACUGCUUGUAACUUUGCGGUUGAUUUGAAAGAUAUCAUUGGAAUUGAUGAUGGUAUGGAUGUUUGGGCACUUCAUGGUAUUGGUGGUUUUACUGGUAAUUUAUUAACUGGUAUUUUUGCUGCUGAUUAUAUUGCCAUGAUUGAUGGAGUUGAAAUUGCUGGUGGUUGGAUUAAUAAAAAUUGGAUUCAAUUAGGUUAUCAAUUGGCAUCUUCAGUUUCAAUUGGUGCUUAUUCAUUUGUGGUUACUUCGAUAUUAUUAUUGGUAAUGGAUAAGAUUCCAAAAUUAAGAAUCAGAUUACAUGAAGAUGAAGAACUUUUGGGUACUGAUUUAGCAGAAAUUGGUGAAUUAGUAUAUGAAGAUGGGGAUGAUGUUUCUUCAGAUCAUCGUGCUUUUGUAUUGGAACCAAUUAGAUCCACUAAACCAGUCACUACCAAUCAAAAUAAGGAACAAACUACUAUGCCUGCAAUUGAUGGAGUUUCAGUUCCUGAUCAUGAAUCAGAUGAUUCAAAAGAUAAUACUUCUAAAAAUUAG